AACCCUGAACCCGAUUCCCCAUCCGCCUCCUCUCCUCUUCGUGCUUUGCAGACACGAGAGAGAGAGAGAGAGAGAGAGAGAGGGAGACUACCCUCUGCAGAGAUGCAAAGUCCACGUAUGAGGUUCCUUUCCGGUGUCAGGCUUCUUCGCCGUUCUCUUUGCUCUACCGCUACGACCACCGAGACGAGAUCGCAGAAGCUCGAGAGAAUUGCUGACGAGCUUCUCGACCUCAAUAAGCUGGAAAGGCAUGAUUAUGCAGUCCUGUUCAGGUUUAAAUUAGGUUUAAACAAGUAUGGACCUGCAAUCUCUGGCCUUGAUUCAUCGGCAUCUGCGUCAGCGGGAGGUGGUGCAGCGGGGACUGAUUCAAAGGCUACUGAGAAGACAGCGUUUGAUAUAAAGCUUGAGAAGUUUGAUGCUGCUGCUAAGAUAAAGAUCAUUAAGGAAGUUAGGACUUUUACGGAUUUGGGGUUGAAGGAAGCCAAGGAUUUAGUGGAGAAGGCGCCAAUCGUCCUCAAGAAAGGGGUUACCAAGGAGGAAGCUAAUCCGAUUGUUGAGAAACUCAAAGAAUUGGGAGCCACGGUUGUAUUGGAAUAGAGUUUUGUUCCUUUUUUGUUUUGGUUGAAUUUCUCUUUUUGGUGUUAAAAAAACAGCUGCUUUUGUUAGAGAAAUUAGACUUGCAAUCAUAAAUUUCUUUCA